AUGAGAAGAACGCGAAACCCACGACAAAUGGAAUAUUCUUCAUAUUUGUAUUCCGGUUUCUUACAUUUGUUUUCAAUAGGAACAGUUUCAAUAGGAUGGAUUCAUAUCAGAAAAGAAUGCGAAGAAAGGGACGAAAGGAGAGAAAAGAAGGGUUAUCAAAGGAGUUACUUACUUCACCGACUUUCUUCAAACGAAACUUUGUCACAAUGGAGUAACUCGAACUAUGCAGAACAAGCACGCAUCCACAACGAGAAAAUAAAUCUCUACAAUUAGUGUAUGUAUUCUCUACCGAAACACCUGAAAAUACCCAUUACGAAGCAGAUAAAACGUCCAUUCUUUCGAGAGAUUUGCGUGUAGUGAAAAACCACUUGAAACAAAUUCACUAA